AGUAUAAUUCAAACUCAACCCAAGCUUGAAGAAUCAAAAGUUGGAUCGCACUUGAGGUAAAGCACCUUGGAUCCAACCUGCGCCCCUAAUCUCAUUGAGGAAAAUUUUUCGGAGUUUGCAAAUUUUCUUCACCACCCUCAAAAUCAUUUUCCCUUUUAAGCAGGACGGGAAAGAAAAGAAAAGAACAGGGGAAAAAAAAAGUGGGUGUUUUCCUCUGCUUGCGGGUUUUUUCUUGUUGAUCCCAGCAAUGGAGUAGCUGUAUUGUUUUCAGAAUUUCAUGAAAUAAGAUGAGUACCCCAUUGGAGAGAUACCAAAAACUCGGUCUGAGAGACUCCCUCCCUCGAAUCUAUCAAUAUCCGUUCGUCUGCAAAGAGUUGAGCUUCAUUCUCAGAGGCGCUUAUAAUAAACUCCCCAAAAAUCUCCAGUCUCUCGUCUUCCAAGAUACCCUCGCUGCUUUUCGUCUCCUUCCCCAAAUGCAGACACAGAGUGCUGUUUCAGCAGCUAAUCUCCUCCUGCAGAGUGCAGAGGCUGUGUUGCCAAAGCAGAAGAGAACUCAGGCAGUUACAGAAUUUAAGCAUGCAAAGGUUGCUUGCAAAAGGCGCUCUAAAGCUCGACAGGAAGAAGAAGGUUUGGCCCAUCUGCCUCAAGAUGUUCUUGUGCAUAUCUUCGGUUUCCUGGAUAUGCAAUCCCUACUUUCUGUUGGGUUAGUCUGCUGGUCAUGGAACUCAGCAGCAAGCGAUAACUGUUUGUGGCAGUUGCAAUAUACUAUUUGCUUUGGUAAUUCUGAAGAUAUUUCCAAGAUGAAAGGGCACAGGGAUGGUGAACUAGUUGAAGAUAAGGAAGAAACUAAUCUAAAAGAGGACAUUGCCACGAGAACCGGUAUUGACUGGAGAGAUGCCUUCAAAAGAAAAUAUAUAGGCAAGCGGGCAAAACGAUUCACAUCUAAUAGGGGAUAUUGCGGAGUUUGCCACACGAUAGUUUGGCUCAGUAACAUGAAAUGUCCUAAAAGACACCCUGGAGUGAAGUCUGAAAAUCAGCAGAUUAAGCCUGUAUCACCUCAGCAGAUUGUUGAAUAUAUAUUGGAUGAUUCUUUGUCAAUGACAUCCUCUUCGGAUAGUGAUAGUGAUUCGGAAGGAGGGUUGCUCUCCAAGCUGUGGACUUAUCCAAGGUACAUUGGUAUUGAUUGAAAGCUGAAAACACUAUGUAAGGAAGGUAUAAAACACUACAUUUUGUUGAAUUUUAUUUGAGAAGAAUGAAUGGAUGGCAUUGGAGAAUUGCAAAAGCUGGGGACUGUUU